GUGCCGCCUGUAAGUGGGACCCUUCUCUCCUCGCAUGCCCAAGAGAUCUAGCGGCAGCCCGCCAAGCCAUAUCUGGCCAAAACAUCCCGCUGCCACCAACGGGGACCGACGGAGCGCAACAGCAGAGCGCCUAUAAAUAGCUGAGUCUUCCUCCCGCGCUGCCUAUUGCGGGGAAGGGAAAGGAAAAGGGGUCAGGCAGGCACCUCGUACCGCCACCGUCACCCAUCGGCUGGGAGGCUCUGGGCUCUUCCCAAAGGCAUUGGGUCCCUGCCCUGGGUGUGGCACUGGCAGUGCCAGUGGAGGACGCUCGUUGAGCGAGCCUGCAAGUUGGCUCCUGGAACUGUCUCCUUUUGGACUUUUCUGGUCCCUGCUACUGGGCCUCUCGGCGACUCGGCAUCUCAGAAGUUAGCAGGUCAUAUAUUAGAGAAAGAGAGAUCAGGAAACUUUGAAAGGAAGAAUGUCGUACCAACAAGGGCUAGAGAAAUACCGAGAUCUGGAUGAAGAUCAGAUCCUUGGAGCACUGACAGAAGAAGAAAUCAAGAUAUUAGAGGGUGAACUGGUAGACCUAGAUCCAGACAAUGCAUUAUUGCCUGCAGGAAUGAGACAGAGAGAUCAAACGAAAAAAACACCCACUGGCCCCUUUAAGAGGGAUAACCUUCUCGCCCACCUAGAGAAACAAGCAAGUGAGACUGAAGAUCGAGAAGAUCUGGUUCCUUUUACAGGGGAGAAAAGAGGAAAAAUCUGGGUCCCCAAGCAGAAGUCUAUUGAUCCUGUUUUGGAAAGUGUAACUCUGGAACCGGAACUGGAGGAAGCGCUAGCAAAUGCCUCAGAUGCCGAGCUCUGCGACAUUGCUGCUAUUCUUGGCAUGCAUACCCUGAUGAGUAACCAACAAUAUUAUGAAGCACUUGGAAGCACAACUAUAGUCAACAAAGAAGGAUUGGACAGUAUAAUUAAGCCCACACAGUAUAAACCAGUUCCUGAUGAACCAAAUUCAACAGAUGUAGAAGAAACUUUAGAACGAGUGAAAAACAAUAAUCCAGACCUUGAAGAAGUUAAUCUCAAUAAUAUUAAGGACAUUCCCAUAUCGACUUUAAAAGCCUAUGCUGAAGCUCUGAAGAACAACUCCUAUGUGAAAAAGUUCAGCAUAGUAGGAACAAGAAGCAAUGACCCCGUCGCUUAUGCACUGGCAGGAAUGUUAAAAGUCAAUGGCGUAUUGAAGAGUUUAAAUGUGGAAUCAAACUUCAUUUCUGGAUCAGGAAUCCUAGCCCUGAUAGAAGCACUGCAGGACAACACGACGCUGAUUGAACUCAAAAUUGACAACCAGAGCCAGCUCCUGGGCAAUAAGGUGGAAAUGGAGAUUGCAAGUAUGUUAGAAAAAAAUACAUCUCUCUUGAAGUUUGGGUAUCAUUUCACUCAGCAAGGCCCCAGGCUUCGUGCAUCCGAUGCCAUGAUGAACAACAAUGACCUUGCUCAUAUACGUCGAUUUGAUGGCCCCUGGCAUAACACCUCAGCCCCGGAACUGGAAGAUAUGCAAGUACCCUGGAGUAUCAAGGCUUGAACCUGCAGCAGGACCUGAACUUAAGACUUGAACGAUUUCAAUGAGAAAGAGGAGGCUUGCUGAUCUGACUGGGCCCAUCUUUCCCAAGUGCCGGACUGGGGUGUAGCUCUUGGCUGUGCAGAUGGCACUGGAUUGUGAAGCCUGGUGGCCGAGCAGCAGUGCAGUGAAUUUGUGGUGCCUGUUUUUUCAUAUGACAUCCUUGUGCACUGAUGGUUUAAACAAAAUAGUGAUUGUAGACAAAGAUCUUUAUUAUCAAUGUGUGGAUAAUGACUUUUUUUUUCUUUGAGUAAUCCAAAGUUUAAGCCUGUUUACAGUAGUUUUGGAUUCUGAGAAAAUAUUGUCUUAGCACAAAGAUGGUUUCAACUGAUAGUUAGACUGUAGCCUAAUUUUGGUAUGGAUUUUUGUGUGUGGCGUGGCAUGCAUGAGUAGGUAACAACAACAAAAAGAUGUGAUACUACUCUGCAAAGUAGCAGAAAUGUUAAAAAAAUAUUUUAUUUUAUUGACAAUCUCAAGGAUUAUAAAGAAGCUACUAGUUUGACAGCAUUUCUAUCAUCCCAAUGUACAUCAUUAUUAUUUAAGGACUUGUGAAUUGAAGUCAGCUAAUAUCCACAGCCAUACAUUGCAACCCAGUUUUUAAAGCAUCUGUUAUUCUUAAAGUAUGUAUACCCAACAGAAAGAAUGUGAGGCCACUCUUCUUUCCAAAGCAAUAGUCACAAGAAAAAGACAGCUGCUGAUUGGGAUGUUGGUCGUUUCUCUUUUGCUGAAGAAUUAAAGACCUUAAAAUAGUGAA